CGCUGCUCUGCCCGGGGGAGCCGUAAGGAGAACGCGGGGACACCCGGAAGCCGGGAAAUGGACUCAGUGGCUUUUGAAGAUGUGGAUGUCAACUUCACCCUGGAGGAGUGGGCUCUGCUGGAUUAUUCACAGAAAAAACUCUACAGAGAUGUCAUGGGAGAAAUCUAUACAAACUUGGCUUCUAUAGGAAAAAAAUGGGAAGACCAGAAAAUUGAAGAUCAGUACAAAAAUAACUGCAGAAAUCAAAGCAAUCAUAUUGUAGAGAAAUUCGAUAAAGUUAAAGAAAGUCGUGACUGUGGACAAACAUUCAGCUGGAUUCCAAAUCUUAAUGUGAACAAGAACAAUUCUAUAGUAAAACCAUGUGGAUGUAUUCUAUGUGAGAAAGUAUACAUGUGUAGUUCACCCCUUAAUGGGCACAUCCGAUCUCACAGCGGACCCAAGUCAUAUGAGAAUCAGGAAUAUGGAGAGCAGUCUUAUAAAUGUAAGGUAUGUGGGAAAGGCUUUGAGUGUCCCAGUUCAUGUCAAAGUUAUGAAAAAAUGCACAGUGGAGAGAAACCCUAUGAAUGUAAACAGUGUGGAAAAGCCUUCAGGUUUUCCAGUUCCUUACGAAGACACAAAAGAUCUCACACUGGAGAGAAACCUUAUGAAUGUAAGGAAUGUGGGAAAGCCUUUGGUUUUCUCAGUUCCAUUCGAAGACAUGAAAGAACUCACACUGGAGAGAAGCCCUAUGAGUGUAAGGAAUGUGGGAAAGCCUUUGGUUUUCUCAGUUCCAUUCGAAGACAUGAAAGAACUCACACUGGAGAGAAACCCUAUGAGUGUAAGGAAUGUGGGAAAGCCUUUAGUGUUUCCAGUUCAGCUCGAAAACAUGAAAGAACUCACACUGGUGAGAAACCCUACGAGUGUAAGGAAUGUGGGAAAGCCUUUGGUUUUCUCAGUUCCAUUCGAAGACAUGAAAGAACUCACUCUGGUGAGAAACCCUACAAGUGUAAGGAAUGUGGGAAGGCCUUUAGUAUUUGCAGGUCAGCUCAAACACAUGAAAGAACUCACACUGAAGAGAAACCCUAUAAAUGUAAGGAAUGUGGAAAAGCCUUUAUUUCUCUCACACAGGUACGAAGACACAUGAUAGUGCAUACUGGAGAUAGACCUUACAAAUGUAAGGUAUGUGGGAAAGCCUUUCUCUGCCCCAGUUCAUUGCGAAUGCAUGAAAGGGCUCACAGUGGAGAAAAUCACUAUGCGUGUAAACAGUGUGAUAGGGUCUUCAGGUGGCCCAGUUCAUGUCGAAUACACGAAAGAUCUCACAUUAUAGAGAAACCCUAUGAGUGUAAGAAAUGUGGAAAAAAAGCCUUUGGCUCUCGUACCUCAUUUCAAGAGCAUGAAAGGGCUCACAAUGGGGAAAGACCCUAUGAAUGUAAAAAAUGUGGUAAAGCCUUCAAUUGGUUAAGUUCCUUUCGAAAACAUGAAAGAACUCACAGUGGAGAGAAACCCUAUGAAUGUAAGGAAUGUGGGAAAGCCUUCAUGUUUCUUGCACAUGUUCAAAGACAUAUGAUAGUGCACACUGGAGAUAGACCUUAUAAGUGUAAUGUAUGUGGGAAAGGCUUUAAGUAUUCCAGUUCAUUUCGAACACAUGAAAGGACUCACAAUGAAAGAAAACACUGUGAGUGUAAGGAAUGUGGGAAAGUCUUUAUCUCUCUUGCAAGUGUUCAGAGACACAUGGUACUGCACACUGGAGAUGGACCUUAUAAAUGUAAGCUAUGUGGGAAAGUGUUUGUGUAUCCCAGUUCACUUCACAUUCAUGAAAGGAAUCACACUGGAGAGAAACGCUAUGAAUGUAAACAGUGUGGAAAAGCCUUCGGUUGGUCCAAAUCCCUCCGAAUACAUGAAACAGUUCAUAGUGGAGAGAAACCUUAUGAAUGUAAACACUGUGGUAAAGCCUUCAGUGCUCACUGUUCCUUUCGAAGGCAUGAAAAAAUUCAUACUGGAUAAAAUGCUCAAUGUAAGAAAUGUGGAAAAGCCUUUAGUUAGUCCAUAUACUGACAAAGACAGGUAUGAAUGCACAGUGGAUGGAAACUAUUAAUUUUAUGAAUAUGGAAACGUUUUAAAUUUUAACAAAUAUUUUUAAAGUCCCAUGAACACAUAGUGCAGUGGAAUUUUAUAAAUCUUGACACAAAUGCUCUGAAAACUAUAAAAUGUUACUAUAUGGAAUUAAUAAAGAUCUAAGCAAAUGGAGAAACCUCCCAUGUUCAUGCAACAGAAGACUUGACAUUGUUGAGAUGCUGACACUCCCUGUAAUGACUUUUUAAACUCCACCUACAGAUUUGAUGCAAUUCGUGUCAGAAUCCCAAACUGGAGUCUUUGUAGGAAUUGGCAAGAUGUUUUAAAUACUUAUAUGGAAGGGUAGAAAACCCAGAAGAGCAAAAGGAAUCUUGGGGGAAAAAAAAAAAGUAGGAGGUCUCAGAUGUUCUAAUUUGGAAACUUACUACUAAGUGUCUUACAUAAUUUGGACUGCCAUAACUAUACAAUAGGCUGGGAGAUCCAAAUGACAGACUUUUAUUUUUCACAAUUCUGGAGUCUGGAAGUCUGAGAUCAGGCUGUCAGCAUUGUCUGGUACUUGGUGAGGGCCUUCCUCCUGGGUAAGUCCUCACAUGCCUUCCCUUGGUGUAUACUUGCAGAAACAGAGAGCAAGUGAUCUCAUUUAUCUUCCUUAUUAUAUAUGGGCAUUAAUGUCAUUAUGGCUGCUUCCCCCUCAUGACCACAUCUAGACCCGAUUGCCUUCCAAAAGCCUUACCUCCAAGUACUCACACUGGGGGUUAAAGCUCCAGCCUGUGAAUUUUGGUGGGUCAUAUUGUGUUCUUCAAAACAAUAUAGGGGCUUGCCAAUUAGAUCAGUUGGUUAGAAUGCACUGUUGUAAGACCAAGGCCAAAGAUUUAGAACCUGGUACCUCCCAGAUACAAAACAAACAAAAACAGCUAUGGUACUGAUAGAGAAGUAGACAUACAUCAAUAGCGUACAAUUGAUAUCAUAGAAAUAAAACAAUAUAUUUUUGGUCAACUGGUUUUCUAGAAUGGGGCCCAGGGUGGAUAAAAUAUAGUCUUUUCAAAAAUUGGUGCUUGCACAACUGUAUGACCACGUGCAAAAGAAUGAAGUUGGACCCUUACAUCAUAACGUAUACAAAAGUUUACCAAGAUAAAUCAAAUACCAAAACAUGAAAGGUAAAGUUGUAAUACAAAAAUAAUAUGGGUGAAAGUAUGAUGAUGGAUUUGGCAAAGAGUUUU